GUAAACAAUCGUUACAAAACGCAUGAAUUUUGCACUUAAAUACGUGAAAUUCAUUACAUUCACAUAAUUGUUUACAGAGAGUUAAAGGUGAGUUUCCUUUUUAUAAACUACAUGUCUAUGUUUUUUAGUAUUCAUUACACACAGCAUCGUGAUAAGAUUUUCUUUAGAGAUCAUCAUAUUUGCAUAUUCAGUUGCCAAAUUUUUAGUUUACUUUAUCUGCGUGAUUAUCAGUUAUAACCUCUGACUACAUUUGCUCAUGAAAGGAUAAAACUGUUCCAUAAUAGAUCAGUGAUUUCAAUUUAAAAUUUACAAUGGGAAAAAGUAAAAUUUCAUCUUAUGGUCCAAAUGGAGAAACUUAUAAUCCAACAUUAAGAGCUCCAGAAGACCACAAUGCUGAUGACGAUGCAGAAGCUCUACGUAAAGCAAUGAAAGGUUUGGGUACUGAUGAACAAGGUCUGAUAGAUAUUUUGGGUCAUCGUGAUAUUUUCCAAAGACUCGAAAUACGUGACCGAUACAAAGCGUUGUAUGGAAAGGAGUUGAUAGAGGUUAUUAGUAGCGAAACAAGCGGUGAUUUUAGAAGACUACUUAAAAUUCUUUUGUUGGAAAUACCAAAAGUGAAUGCUCGUGCUCUCUAUAAAGCUAUGAAAGGUGGUGGCACAGAUGAAGAGACUAUCAUAGAAAUUUUAUGUACAUCUACCAACCAGGAAAUUCUUGAGAUUAGACAAUUUUAUCCAUAUGUACUGAUGGAUUAUGGAGGGGAUAGCUCGCGAACUUUAGAGGAUGACGUUAAAGAUGACAUUGGUGGUUAUUUCGGAGAUUUCAUCGUGGCACUACUUCAAGCAGAACGGGAUGAAGUUGACCUUGAAGAUGUGAAAAAAAUAGCGAGUAAAGGCCUUCAGAGUGUAGUUGAUAUGAACUUAGUCAGAGAAGACGUCGAUACUCUUUGGGAUGCUGGUGAAGCGCAUCUGGGGACUGAUGAAUCAGCCAUUAUCAAGGUUGUUGCGAAUCGAAGCGUUUGGCAUAUACAAGCAGUCGCACAACUAUAUGAACAGACAUAUGGAAAAUCCCUGAUCGAUUCGAUUGAGUUUGAAACAUCAGGAGAUUUUAAAAGAGCUCUUGUAUUAACUAUACGCACUUGCAUAAACCGUCCAAAGGCCUAUGCAGAUCUGUUGGCCAAAGCUAUGAAAGGAGCUGGUACAGAUGAUGCUACACUUAUGCGUAUCAUUGCUACUAGAUGUGAGAUUGAUCUAGGUUCAAUUUGCGAAGUAUUUCAACGUGAACAAGGCAGUAGCUUAGAAGACUGGGUACGAAGUGAAACCUCGGGAGAUUACUGUGCACUUCUCUUAGCCUUACUGGGCACUGAAUAA